GAGCAGCCCCGGCCGGUGUACAGACUGCCUGGCAGCUGCUCUCGUUAUCUUCAUGCAGACAUCCCGGGCACCCCCGGAGCACCAGGCACCGCAGCGCACGGGACUGAUCCAGUGAUGCAGGAGCAUCUGCCUAUACUGCCAGCCCAUGUCUGAGCGGGGUCGCCUGUAGCAGCUAGUGCCCGCAGCCUUUCAUAUGUAAAUACCCAUCCAGUACCCCCAGGUACCCUUCCAGCAAUCCCUCGGGGCGACAUCCACACCCUACCGGAGGCGAGGCGCAGGCAGGGCAUCGCUAUGAAGCAGGCGCUCAUGGAGGUGAUGAGGAUGAACCGCAUCUGCAGGAUGGUGCUGGUCACUUGCUUAGGAUCUUUCGUCCUGGUCAUCUUUUAUUUCCAAAGUAUGUUGCACCCAGUUAUGCACAGAAAUUCAUUUGGAAUGGACAUUUGCUGUCGGAAGGGGUCACGAAGUCCACUCCAACAACUCUACAAUCCAACGCAGGUGGAUCUAUCCAGUAACGCCCUUUUGCACCAAAUGAGACGGGAUCAGGUUACAGACAUUUGUCGGGCAAAUAAUAUAUCAAGCAGGAAACGACGUAUGUUGACUCCCAAUGACUUGAAACAUUUAGUGGUAGAUGAAUACCAUGAAAUGAUUUAUUGCUAUGUUCCAAAAGUGGCAUGUACAAAUUGGAAGAGAGUGAUGAUGGUCCUAACAGGAAGAGGUAAAUAUAGUGAUCCAAUGGAAAUUCCAGCCAAUGUAGCUCAUGUCUCAUCCAAUCUGAAGACCCUCAACCAGUACAGCAUUCCAGAGAUUAACCAUAGAUUGAAAAAUUUUAUGAAAUUCAUGUUUGUCCGUGAACCAUUUGAGAGGCUGGUUUCAGCCUACAGAAACAAAUUCACCCAGAAAUAUAACACCUCAUUCCACAAGCGCUACGGAACCAAAAUAGUAAGACGGCAACGUAAAAAUGCUACCCAGGAAGCUCUUCAUAAUGGUAACGAUGUAAAGUUUGAGGAGUUUGUGGCUUAUCUAAUUGACCCGCACACCCAGAGAGAAGAACCAUUCAAUGAGCACUGGCAAACCAUGUUUUCUCUCUGCCAUCCUUGUCAUAUUCACUAUGAUCUCAUAGGAAAAUAUGAAACCUUAGAAGAGGACUCUAACUAUGUUCUGCAGCUGGCAGGAGUGGGCAACUACUUAAAAUUUCCCACCUUUCCGAAGUCUACCAGAACUACUGAUGAAAUGACAGCCGAGUUUUUCCAGAACAUCAGCUCAGAGCACCAGACGCAACUGUAUGAAGUAUACAAACUUGAUUACUUAAUGUUCAACUACUCCACUCCAGCCUAUCUGAAACUAGAAUAAGAGGAUAUCUGUAUGUUACUGUGUGCGUUAAGGGACAUUUUGUAAAUUAAAGGAAGGCAGGGGUUGGAGAGGGCCGGGGUGUUUCAUUUGUGCUGCAAGCGGUACAAGCAUAAUAAAUUAAUUUCUUCAUAAGCAAAGGCAACUUGAUGUGUAGGGUAAGAGAAAUGUAAGCAAAUCUGAAGACACGCAAGCAACUAUGCUGUUCUCAAUUUCCAUGGCGCCUUCAUUCUGUAUGUAAAUUGUCUAUAAAUUAUUUAUAGUUAUUUAAACAAUGUCUUUUGGUCUGAUUAAGUCUACUGUGUGUCUUUACAUAUAUAUAUAGAUAUCUUUUUAUGUUUGUAGAAUAUCUAUAUAUAGGUAUUUGUGUGUAUAUACAUAUAUAUGUAUAUAUGUACAUAUUCUAAGAGCCAAAUAUUAAGUCUCUAACUUUAGUUGUUGAAAUCCCUGCCACCCUGUUUAGUAAAUUCCUGGUGUCACCAGAAUGAUGUGACCUUUUUUUAAAAGCUGAACCCAUCGCUGUUAGGUUUUCUACUCGAGAAUAUAUAUAAAUAUCUAUUAUUUUGAAUAAAGGAAGGUGUAUCACAUUCAGACUGUGAAUAAUACUAGAAAAUGUCAUUUUAGUGUUAUGUAUAGGCACAAACGUUUUUAUUUCCUUUUGUCACCCUAUGUCAGACCCUCUAUGCCUCAGCUUAUUUGGUAAAUCCAGUACAUAUGUUCAUUACCCUAAGUGACAUAGCUCUGGAAAAGACUGAAUUUGAAUGAACUGUGUUUACACUACACUGUAUAGUAACUGUAACCUCAUCCAUCAGUUCAGAUACAUACAUCAGCUUAUGGUUGUAUCUAGUUCAGAUAUUAUGCAAAAUGUGAUCAUUUUAAGUGCAAUUUGGUUUUCAGGUGCUAAAUAGAGCUAUGUAGCUUUACCCACUCUGUGUUUAUUGUGCAGUAAUGUACCAUCAUAAUAUAAUAUAUUCAUGAUUCAAAUGGAACCUCUUUAGACUGAACCCCAGGGAGCUUGUCCUUUAGACUGAAGCUUUCUGCAGCAAUCCCCUGUUUUUAUUCUGGAUGAUUCAGAAAUAUUUUAGGCUGUUAAUAAAUGUACCAGUCAUGAAUGUUAUACGCUGUACAAAUAAUGUGAUCUUAAAAGCAGAAUUUUCAGUCAUCUUCCAAUUACCAACAAUCUCAGCCUUUUUUGUCUGGAGAGAAUACAUAUUACAGAAUACAUAGACAAAGCUAUCCCUUGCUGAGCAUCUUCUGUUAUUUUCUAAGCUUCUUUUGAAGUGAUUUAAACUCCAUGUCUGCUUCUAAAUAAAUGGGGAAUUUGGCAGGUUAGUGACUUAACCAAUAUGCAGCCUAUGGGACUAUGGAAGGGUCUAUCCAACAUUGGUUAUGCAUUAAAGGUCAAGUUGUAAAGUAUAAGCCAACUUCAAUUUUUGGCUUGCCAUAUAAAUGUUCAGAAUUGUGAAAGUUUACUUUCAGGCAUAUUGCAAAUAAAUUGUACUGGUUGCAAGCUACAGUAUUCACCCAGAAUAGAUAACACAAUCUACAAUGGGAAUAAUGAAGGCACAGCACUGCCUCGAAAAUGAGCCUUAAAAUAAGCCUAGCAUUUAUUUCUUCUAGUAUUGCACAACACAAAGAUCUAUGCCAAUCCAUAGAAAGAGACAGCCUGGGCCACUGUACCGUCAGGCUUUUGAUUUUGUCUUCCUGCUGGUCAGUAAAUGCUUACUACUUUUGCUUAUCUGUAUCCCUAUUGUGUUUCAUAUUUAUAGGUCAUUAAAAUAAAAUUUGAUGUGAUAUAGAUGAUACCUUGAAGCAGUUGUGUGACCCCUCCAGUCCGGAUAUACUUUGUCUUUUUGUACAUAAACUUUGUCCCGGCUUCAGGUCUGUGCAUCACUUUGCAGAGCGAUGUCUUGCAUGCACCUAAAGCUGUAAAUGGUUAAAAUGAAACUGUAAUCUACUGGAAUGGCCAAAAGAUAAUUUAUUAAUGAUGUAUUAAAUUGUACAAAUUAUUGAUCAAAAAUAAA